AAGGAAAGGAAAGAAAAGGCAAAAAAGGGAAAGGAAAUGAAAAGAACCCACACAAGGCAACAGCGCCAGCCAUCAAGCGCACGGAGAGAGAAAUUGAGAUCACAAGAUUGGAAAAGGAGGCAUCUUUGAUCCGAAAGGAGACGUCUUUCAGCGGAAACCCACUCUUCGCCACCCGUAGAUUUCGUCAAGACCCUCGCUUUACUUCCGCCGCUACCGCCAGGAGCUGCCUUGGGGAAUGGAGAUCCCCGCGGAGGAGCUGCUAAAGAAGAUCCAGGAGCUGGAGGCCGGCCACGCCCAUCUGAAGCAGGAGAUGUCCAAGUUGGCGCUCGCGGAAGGCGGCGUGCGCCGAUCGGACCGCGGCCGGUCCCACUCGGUCUCGCCGCAGCGGACGGUGCCGCCGCCGCGGAGGAGGAAUAGCGGAAUCGGCAUCGAGGGUUCCGCGGCGGGCUGGGCGAGGGGAUCCAGUUCCUUUGGGAACUCCUCGAGGCUGCAGCGGGAGAGUCGGGGGCCGAGCUGCUCCACCGGUGGCGGCCCGGCUGGGGUCAGGCUGUCGGAGAGGCAGUACCUAAACAUUUUGCAGUCGAUGGGGCAGUCUGUUCAUAUUUUCGAUCUUCAGGGCCGGAUAAUCUAUUGGAACCGGUCAGCAGAAGAACUUUAUGGCUACACUGCAUCUGAAGCACUUGGUCAGAAUGCUAUUGAGCUACUUGUUGAUGCUCAUGAUUUCAACAUUGCUAGGAACAUAGUUCAGCGUGUAAACAUGGGGCAGAGCUGGAAAGGAAAGUUCCCUGUGAAGAACAAACUCGGAGAACAAUUUCUAACUAUUUCCACAAACACCCCCUUUUACGAUGAUGAUGGUAGCUUGGUCGGUGUUAUUUGUGUUUCAAGUGAUUCUCGAUCUUUUCAGGAUUCAACAUAUCCUUCAACCUUUAGCAAUUCAAAAGCUUCUAUCAGUGGCACUGCAAGAAAAAGUGAUAUUCAUAAUGGUGGUUUGGACCCUCAACAACCCCUCCAAGUUGCAAUUGCAUCCAAAAUUACCAAUCUGGCUUCUAAAGUAACAAAUAAAGUUCGUUCUCGAAUGAAGCAAGGCGAAAAUAAUAUGGAACGUGAAAUUGCAACCAAGGAUAGCCAGUGUUCUGAUCGUGACACAAUGUCAACAGACCAUAAGGAAGAUGGUGUUUCGAGUGGUGCUAGCACUCCAAGAGGAGAGGUACUACCAUGUGACUUUGGAGAGACUUCCGCUGUCAUAGAGGAAAAGUCUCCUGGCAAAGCAUCCAAGGUGAAUAAUGAUGAAGAUGAAGGAAAAGCUGGCAUCUACAAGAUUAUAAGCAAGACAGAGGCAUUAUUUGCCAAUAAGAGUAUAUUAUGGCCAUGGAAGGGAAAUGAGCAGGAUGCUACUAAUUCAAAGACCCGCUUUGUCUGGCCAUGGUUGCAUAGCAAUCAAGAAAAUGCAUACAAUCACUCUAAAGCUUCUGAGUCUUGUAUGAAAUUAGAAAGUCAAAUGACUGAAAACUAUCGGACAGGAAAUAAUGAAGCUUCAGGAUCUUGGUCUUCUCUUAAUGUCAAUAGCACAAGUAGCAUUAGUAGCUGUGGGAGCACCAGCAGCAGUGCCCUCCACAAAGUGGAUACAGAUACAGACUGCUUAGAUUAUGAGAUCUUAUGGGAAGAUCUUACAAUUGGUGAACAAAUAGGUCAAGGUUCUUGUGGAACUGUAUAUCAUGCUUUAUGGUAUGGCUCGGAUGUGGCAGUUAAAGUGUUUUCAAAGCAGGAAUACACGGAUGAUGUGAUACUUUCCUUUAGGCAAGAGGUGUCACUGAUGAAGAGGCUGCGGCAUCCAAAUAUACUACUUUUCAUGGGUGCAGUAACCUGUUCUCAACGUCUUUGCAUUGUGACAGAAUUUCUUCCUCGUGGGAGUUUAUUUCGUCUGCUGCAAAGAAGCAAUGCAAGGAUGGACUGGAGACGACGCAAUCACAUGGCUCUAGAUAUUGCAAGGGGAAUGAAUUAUCUUCACCAUUCCAACCCUCCUAUCAUCCAUCGCGAUUUGAAGUCAUCAAAUUUGUUGGUUGACAAGAAUUGGACUGUGAAGGUUGGUGAUUUUGGUCUUUCACGUUUAAAGCAUGAAACUUAUUUGACAACCAAAACUGGGAAAGGAACGCCACAAUGGAUGGCUCCAGAAGUUCUUCGAAAUGAACCUUCAGACGAAAAGUCAGAUGUUUAUAGCUUCGGGGUGAUACUAUGGGAACUUGUCACUGAGAAAAUCCCUUGGGAGAAUCUCAAUUCAGUGCAGGUUAUUGCAGCUGUAGGAUUUAUGAAUCAGAGGUUGGAUUUACCAGGAGAUUUGGACCCACAAUGGCUUUCCAUCAUCAAAAGUUGUUGGCAUAGUGAACCGAAAUCACGACCAACCUUCCAAGAACUUGUAGAAAGGUUCAAAGACAUGCAAAAACAACAUGCGAUGCAGUCUCACUUGCAACGUGCUUCAGCUGGCGAAAAUGCACCACUCGCCGCAAGAGUAGGCUCUCAAGAGAGAAAUGAGCCUGAUUGAUCGAUGACCAUCAAGCACUUUUUGUCCAACCUCAUUCCAGUAUCCAAGUUGUCCCUUAGGAGCACAGUUUGUUUGCCCUUGCAAUUAGUGACAGCUUCAUACAAUCAAAGAAUGUAGCUAGCUACAAAUUGCUCUCGUUGCAGAAAUGCUUCUGAUUUCUGUCUGAGGUUCUCGUAAACGAAAGAAGAUCUGCAUCAAUGGGGACUGAGGCCGUGACAAGAUCAGGGGGAAAAUGUGAGUUCUUAGGGCAUGUGAUGUGAAAUCAAAGCUCCAUCGAGUCGUCCAACUGCUGUGUUCUUUUUACCGGAAAAAGGGUUCACUGGUUUCGUUGUACAUAAUUGCGAAUGCAUCUCUUUGCAGUUGUUAAUCCUUGCACUCGGUAUCUUUUGGUUUUCACUUGAAUGAAGUUUGUGUUUACUGAUAUGAACAGUGGAUCAACCCAUUUUAUGUCAAUCUGAUCUUCUUUUUGCUUAAAUGGAAAUUUUAUUACUUAA